GUUGCAUUAUUUCCUCUUCCACUGUCUCUCCUAAUUAAAGUUGUAUUAUUUCCUCUUUCACUAUCUCUCGUAAUUAAUGGCCACUACUAAGAUUCUCAUCAUCGGAGGAACUGGAUUCUUGGGAAAGUUCAUGGUGGAGGCCAGUGCCAAGGCUGGCCACUCCACCUUUGCCCUAGUUCGAGAGUCAUCUCUUUCUGACCCUAUCAAAUCAUCCAUCAUUCAAAAAUUCAACGCCUUGGGUGUCAACGUUGUUUUGGGAGAUAUACAUGAUCAUAAGAGUUUGGUCAGGGCGAUAAAGCAGGUAGAUGUGGUCAUCUGUGUUGUGAAUCACUUGCAGAUAAACGAUCAAUAUAAACUCAUUUAUGCCAUUAAGGAAGCAGGAAAUGUUAAGAGAUUCUUUCCUUCAGAAUUUGGACAUGAUGUUGAUCGAACCCAUGCCCUGGAUGAAGGAAAGAAUUUAUUUGACACUAAAGCCCAAAUUCGUCGAACCAUUGAGGCUCAAGGAAUUCCUCAUACCUAUGUGGUGGCCAACUCUUUUAUUGGACACUACCUACCCACUUGGUCAGAUCUUGGACCCAUAACUGGCCUGAUAGAUAGUACUGUUAUUCUUGGAGAUGGAAAGGCCAAAGCUGUUCUCAAUACCGAAAAGGAUAUUGCCACUUAUACCAUUAGAAGUGUUGAUGAUCCAAGAACCUUGAACAAAAUUCUCUACAUUAAACCCCCAGCCAACAUCAUAUCAUAUAAUGACCUAGUAUCUCUUUGGGAGAAGAAACAUAGUAAGAAUCUCAAAAGAGUCUAUGUACCUGAAGUACAAGUUUUGAAGUAUAUUGAAGAGUCUUCAUUUCCCUUCAAUAUGGCUAUGUCAAUUUGCCACGCUGCAUAUGUUAAGGGAGAUCACACUAACUACGAAAUAGAACCCUCAUUUGGAGUUGAAGCUUCAGAGCUCUAUCCUGAUAUUAAAUACACCACUUUGGAGGAGUUCUUCAAUCACAAUGAUUCUUGCACGCCGUUUUACUUAAACCGGUUUAUACUGGUUAACGGUGUACAAAAUUUUUAUUAAUAACGUCUACACCACUAUAUCUGCACGUGUUAUGAUAUGAUAUAUGAUACAUAAUAUCCUGUUAUUAGUAUAUUACAAAAUAAAACAUAGUAGUUCGAAUAAAGAAUCGUUGAGUCAUAAUGUUUGGUGAUGUUAAAACCAUGUAUUAAUAGAGCUAUUUUAAUUCU